AUGGCCCUAUUCCACCAGGUGUGUCUUUUCCGUUGUAUUAAGCCAAAAACGAAGCCAAAGAUGUCAGAAGUUGAAAAGAAAGAAUGUCCUGUCAAGCCAAAGCCAUGUUGUGUGUGCUUAGACGAAAAAAAGUUGAGAGAUGAGUGUUUACUCUUUAAUGGACAAGAGGGAGGAAAAUGCAAUGAGUUGAUCGGCAAGUACAAGGAAUGCAUGAAGGGAUUCGGGUUUGAAACUCGUUAA